AUGGAGCUCAAGUGUUUGGAGCUAAAACAGGACAACCUGAGUGUGAUGGAGUAUGAAGCAAAAUUUACAGAGCUCUCCAGGUUCGUACCUGACUUUAUGGAUACCGAUGAAAAGAGGGCCAAACGGCUCCAGCAAGGAUUGAAGCCCUGGAUUCGGAGCAGGGUUGUUGUGCUUGAGUUGACGUCAUAUGCAGCUAUUGUGCAGAAGGCCCUGAUUAUUGAGGUGGAGAGUGACAUGUCCCAAAAGGAAAGCGACAACAAGAAAAAGAAAGUGGAAACUCCCACUAUCAGAACAUGGGAUUCCGCAAGCCAGAACAGGGCUUUACAGGUCAGGGAAGUCAACUUCAGUAGGCCAACCGUCAGGGGCAGUAUAGACCUCCUAUUCCCGAAUGCAGAAUCUGUGGAAAGAGGCAUCAAGGUGUGUGUUCCAAAGCAAGAGUUUCUUGCUUUAAAUGCCAUCAAAGGGGGCACUAUGCUAGCUUUCAGCAGCAUAGGCACCAACAUUAGCCAUAGAGGCGCCACCAAAAGCCAGACUUUCAAUAUGACAUUGAGGGAUGCGGUCAAGGAUUCGAGCGUAGUGGCAGGUACGCUUCCUAUCAAUUCCAUAUCUGCGAAAGUAUUAUUUGAUUCUGGAGCUACCAAGUCAUUUGUUUCUGAAGAUUUUGCUCAUAAAUUAUCUAGCAAGACUCGUAUGUUAAGUGACGCUUUAUCUAUAGAAGUAGCAAACCAGGAUAGAGUCUCAAUUACUCAAGUUUAUCCCUGCUGUGAGAUUGAGAUUUUAGGGCUUAUAUUUCUCGCUGACCUGAUACCUUUCAAGUUAGGCACUUUUGACGUCAUUCUGGGAAUGGAUUGGUUGACUGAUCAUGAUGCUCAGAUCAAUUGUAAGAGUAAGCGGGUAACAUUGCGAACUUCAGGCAAGUCUAAAGUUGUGUUUAAAGGCCAGAAACAGACAAAGGAAUUCCUGACUAUUAUGCAAGUUAGGAAAUUGUUAAGACAAGGAUGUGAAGCCUAUUUGGCUCAUGUGGUGGAUCUAAAUGCAGAGUCACCCAAUAUUAAGGAUAUUUAUGUAGUGAAUGAGUUCAAAGAUUGUUAG